CCUUGCGACCUGCACUUCAUUAAUUUGCCCACUACCCGCACUGGGCGCAUUUUCAUCUCUGUCAGUCUCCGCAGAUAAACAUCAAUUGUUGACACUUCAGGGUUAUUCUCAUCCGCACUGCUUGAGGCGAACUGAUUUUUGACCGGACUGCAAACCGCCAUUUGACCUUUGGCUAUCCCUGAGACGUCAUUCAUCAUGGCGGAAAGAUACAUCCCCGAACAUCGCCGUACCCAGUUCAAGGCAAAGGGCAGUUUCAAGCCAGAUGAACUACGCCGUCGACGUGAGGAACAACAGGUUGAAAUUCGUCGUCAAAAGAGAGAGGAGAAUUUGGCCAAGCGGAGAGGAGUUCAACGUGGUAAUGGAGAGAUCGGCAUUGGUGGGCUCGCAGACCAGGAUAGCGACGAUGAGGCGGGUAACAUUGAGAGCGAGUUGAGCACGGAACUGCCAGAAAUGGUACGAGGAGUCUUCUCAGAUCAGAUCGACCUCCAAAUUCAAGCGACCACAAAAUUCCGAAAACUCCUCUCGAAAGAACGCAACCCUCCCAUCGAAAAAGUCAUCGAGACCGGCGUCGUCAGCCGCUUUGUCGAGUUCCUCCGCUCUCCUCACACUCUCGUCCAAUUUGAAGCGGCAUGGGCUUUGACAAACAUUGCCUCUGGAUCUGCAGCACAAACACAAGUGGUCAUCGAAGCGGGCGCAGUACCCAUCUUUGUUGAACUCCUGAGCAGCCCUGAGCCAGAUGUUCGUGAACAAGCAGUGUGGGCUCUGGGCAAUAUUGCUGGUGACAGUCCUGCAUGCCGUGACUAUGUGCUCAGUCAGGGCGCUCUGAAGCCUCUUCUCAACCUCAUUGCCGAUGGCCGCAAACUGAGCAUGCUUCGAAACGCUACGUGGACUUUGAGCAACUUUUGUCGUGGCAAGACCCCUCAACCAGACUGGAACACGAUCCAACCCGCCCUCCCCGUGUUGUCCAAGCUCGUCUACAUGCUUGACGACGAAGUUCUGAUCGACGCCUGCUGGGCUAUCUCCUACCUCUCUGACGGUUCCAACGAUAAGAUCCAGGCGGUCAUUGAAGCAGGCAUCCCUCGACGACUUGUUGAACUCCUUAUGCAUGCGUCUACAUCGGUCCAAACGCCGGCCCUUCGUUCUGUUGGUAAUAUUGUUACCGGCGACGAUGUCCAAACACAGGUCAUAAUCAACUGCGGCGCUCUUCCUGCGCUGCUAUCUCUACUCAGUUCUCAGAAAGACGGGAUCCGCAAGGAAGCAUGUUGGACAAUUUCGAACAUUACCGCAGGCAACUCGACCCAGAUCCAGGCCGUUGUGGACGCCGGUAUCAUCCCUCCUUUGAUUCACCUGCUCUCUAAUGGAGAUUUCAAGACUCGAAAGGAGGCCUGCUGGGCUAUCUCGAAUGCUACCUCUGGCGGUCUGCAAAAACCAGAUCAGAUCAGAUACCUCGUCUCUCAAGGCUGCAUCAAGCCGCUUUGUGACUUGCUCGCCUGCCCUGAUAACAAGAUCAUCCAGGUGGCUUUGGACGGACUGGAGAAUAUCCUCAAGGUGGGAGAAAUGGACAAAGAGGCUGCUGAUGCUCGAGCCCCCGAGGCACAAGUCAACCGAUAUGCUUUGUUCAUUGAAGAGGCGGGUGGUAUGGAGAAGAUCCAUGAUUGCCAAAACAAUGCCAACGAAGAGAUCUACAUGAAGGCCUACAAUAUUAUAGAGCGGUAUUUCUCGGAUGAAGAGGACGCUGGGGCUGAUAUUGAGGAAUUGGCACCACAAGCCAAUGCCACUGGCUUCACACUCGGCACGAACCAACCUCAGGGACAGUUCAACUUCGCCAACGGGAAUGACUCCAUGGACAUGUAGGCAAUGGACUUGUGAAAACCGUCAUCAAUGGGCAGUCUGUCACUCGCAACGAUCCGUCCGUGUCAUGUGUGACAUGUUUGUCCCAUCUGGCAUAGCCUCGAUAAUGCAGAGCACAAUUGAAGGUCACUCAACAUUGACGAGCGUUCAAGCACAGCCCCAGGUUGUGCAGUGCUGCCCGACUCGAACAAACCCUCAUCCUAGCACCGGAAUUUCCAUCUUCAACCAUUCAACACCCUCACCCCGCUCAAAACCGAACCCAAGCACCCCUCGGACAAUUCAGUACGAUUACAAGAAUCACCUACGACCACAAACAGAUGCACCAUCAUGUAUACCCCUUUCAGACAUUCGACAUAGCCCGACACCUGACACAGCAUGCGAUAGAGGCGUUGUUUUCGGCGAAGGAUUUCAAAGCUUUUAUGCUCGGUCUUGUGUCGAAGGAGGGAAGAGGAGAAGAGGAGCAUGAGAUAAGCGAACACCAGGCAGGAUAGUCUCGAGAGAACUCCUUUACUUUGACAACGCUGAAGCCAAUGUACGUCGAAUGCUUUCUAGUCCCAAUGCCAGCAAUUUAGACCCCCA